CCAACCAUCUCCACACCACACACCUCACCUCAACACAACAAUCCUUCAACAAUCCUUCAACAACCUCACAUGGUCUGAACAUCCUCUCGGAAAGACCUGCCGGGGCCCUGAGAUUCAACAAUGCAAUCGAUCCUAUCAUGAUAGAAAAAAAGCCUACUACAUCGCCGCCGCACCACCACCCCCAUACACCUGCAACGAACUCGACGCUGCCGUGAACAACAAAACAGUCGCUUUCUUUCUUUUUCCACAAGUCCACCGGGACUAAAAAACGUCACGAAAAUCAACACACCGCAAUCAUGCUCGCAGGACCUCCGCGCCUCCUCUCCCUCGUUUCGGUCGCUCUCCUAUUCGGCCUGGCAUGGUGGUAUCUGAAUCUCGUGCAGAACCCCCCAACAGCAACAGCAGGGUCGGGUGUUAGCAACAAUGGCGCAGGUCUGAACCUCGACACAUCGCCCGCGCCCGCGGGAGGAGGAGCCACAAAGCCCGGCACAGGCACAGGCAAGGCCAAACCGCUGCCCAUCGGACGGCCGUACCAGGGCGACCCGCUCGACUUCGGGAUCGCGAUCCGCUUCACGGAGCCGGUGGCCAAGCCGCCCGGGUCGACGUACUCGCACAUCAUGGUGGUGCCGAAGACGAUGAAGGAGGACAUCACUUGGAUGGACAGGGAGAUUCCCGACACGCCCAAGAUCGUGUACGAGGUUGAUAACCCGGACGCGGAGAAUAAGGUUCCGCAGAAUAAGGGGAGGGAGGCAAUGGUUUAUCUUACGUACAUCAUCGACCACUACGACAAGCUCCCCGACACCGUCCUCUUCAUGCACGCCCACCGCUUCGCAUGGCACAACAACAUCCUGCAAGGCCAGGACUCCGUCCGCAUGAUCAAAAGCCUUAACCACGAACGCAUCGCUCGACUCGGCUACAUGAACGUGCGCUGCCACCACGAGCCAGGCUGCCCAGACUGGAUCCACAUGGACCGGCCCGGCGGGGACUUCGACUUCUUCAAGAAGCCCGAAGAGAUCCACUGGCGGCGGCACAUCUGGGAGGAGCUGCACCCGGGGGCGCCGAUCCCGCCGUCCCUUUCCGGCGUCUGCUGCGCGCAGUUCGCCGUGACGGGCGACCGCAUACGCCAGAUCCCGCUCGAGCGCUUCAUCCACUACCGCAAGUGGCUGCUCACCACCACCAUGGACGACCAGUUCUCCGGCCGCAUUUUCGAGUACAUCUGGCACUACAUCUUCACCGGCCACGAGGUGUACUGCCCCGCGCAGAACACGUGCUACUGCGACGGCUACGGCAUCUGCUUCGGCGGCCGCCAGAACUACACAGACUACAACGACAAGCAGGACGAGCGCAACAAGCUGUUCGAGGAGCUCGACGUCUACCAGAAGAAGGAGGCGGAGGCGGAGAAGGAGGGCAGGAAGGUCGAGUGGGACGACAGGCAGAAGAAGAGGAUCGAGGAGCUGAGGGGGCUCGUGCACAAGAUGGAUCCCGAGCUCGAGAGGUUAAGGAACGAGGCGCUGGAGCGCGGGAAGGAUGCUAAGGCUAGGCAGGAGGAGACGGAGAAUUGGAGCUCAGAGAAGAUUUGGGAGUAUAUGCCUAAGAAUGGGUAGGUAGUAGGAAGGUGUGUGGGGGGUGGUGGGGUUGGAAAUUCUGAUAGAUUUCUUGUGUCACCCUGUCUUCUGGGUUGGGUUCUUUGGGUGCGUGUCCUGUCUGUCUGUCUGUCUAUCUGCUGAAGUCCUCUUCGACUAGAUACCACUCCCACCCUUCUUCCUCGUUCAGGCGUUUCGGUAUUAUAUGGCGCGGCUUUGUUUUCCCAUCAUCUCGCAUUCUUCACUUCAGACUAUCAUGAAGAAAGGAUCUAGAAAAUUAGGUGUCCAGUAAUCGAAGA